AUGGCGCCGCAAAGAAUCUCGCGCGCGCUGCUGCUGGCCGCGACGCUCGCCAUCUGCGCGUCGGCGGCGUCGAGCGGCAACUCGACGGCGCACCACGACGACCACGACGACCACGACGACGACCACGGCCACCACGGCCAGUUCGACCACUUCAACUCCAUGUUCUUCAUGGUCGUCUUCGUCGUCGUCGUCUGGAUCGUCGGCAAGAGCUGCGGCGCCGUGGGCAUCCCGUCGCUCGUGGGGGAGAUCUGGGUUGGCAUCGUCCUAGGCCCGGCGCUCCUCGACUUCGUGCCGAACCCGGCGGUGCUCAAGUCCGUCGGCGAGAUCGGCCUCGCGUUGCUGGUCAUCGAGGCGGGGCUCCACGUCGACCUGGAGAUGCUCGAGAUCAUCGGCGCGCGCGGGCUCGCCGUCGGCGGUUUAGGCAGCGCGCUGCCGCUGUGCCUCGGCGCGGGCGCGGCGACCCUGUGGGGCGCGCCGCCGGUCAAGGCCUUCGUCGUGGGCGCCUGCAUGGCGACGAUGUCGACGGGCAUCGCGCUGAACGUGCUCAAGGCGGGCACGGUGCUGAACCAGCCCAUCGGCCAGCUCAUCAUCGCCGCGGCGACGGUGAACGAGAUCGUCAACAUCACGCUGAUCACGACGGUGACAAACAUCGUCAACGACGUCGAGGUCAUCGAAUACGUCAUCCCCAUCGUCAUCAUGUUCGUCCUCAUCGCCGUCAUCGGCUACCUCGCCGUGAACGUGAUCCCGCGCGCGCUGCAGGACCGGCUCCUGCCGCGCGUCGCGCAGCCCCAGCGGCCCAAGGCCGUCCUCGCCUGCGUCUUCGUCGCCGCGAUGGUGCUCAUCCCCGGCUGCAAGUACAGCGGCUCGUCGGAGCUGCUCGGCGCGUUCCUCGCGGGCUUCUGCUUCUGCAGCGACCACGCGGUCCACGAGUGCUGGGACCGCCAGGUCAAGCGCGUCAUGCACUGGCUCCUCCGCCUCUUCUUCGCGUGCACCAUCGGCUUCGAGCGGCGCUUCGAGAUCCCCGUGACGGAGUGCUUCAAGGCGGGCACGCUCGCCAAGGCGGGGCUCCUGGUCUGCUGCAUCUUCGGCAAGCUCGCGAUGGGCUGCUUCGCGCAGCCCCGCGACGCGGACCACUUCUGGAUUCUGGCGUUCGCCUGGGGCGAGUGGGGCGAGUUCAGCUUCCUCAUCGCGACGGCCGCGCGGAGGGUCGACGGCGACGGCAUCCUCGACUCCGGCACGUACAACGCGAUCUGCCUCGCGGUGCUCGUGUCCAUGAUCAUCUGCCCCGCGGGGCUGCGGAGCACGCUCGAGGCCUACGAGCGCAAGGCCAAGUUCCAGAUCGCCGAGGCCAUCGCGGACACGGCGGACGUGUCCGGCGCGGUGCACGCGACCUACUUCUGCCUCCAGACCAAGUCGCACGCGACGUGGGAGCAGAGCGACCACCUCCUGGCGGCGACGACGCGCAUGGGCUGCGACAUCAUCGACAGCCGCCAGUGGCACCCGAACGACCACUUCGGGCUCGCGCACUGCGUCAACGAGAUGUACAUCCGCGACACGUCCCUGGAACUGCCGACGACGCUGGACAUGGACGAGGCCCAGGAGGCCCGGCUUCAGGCGCGCAUCGACGAGAUCCUCGACGCGGUGCGCGCCGCGCUGCGCGAGGACGAGCACCAGGGCGCGGAGAUCCGCGUCCAGCGCUGGCUCCCGGGCUGCCACGUCGAGCACGACGAGGCCUCGGGCCGGCCGCGCCUCGCGACGAACGCCGACGCCAUGGUCAAGGUCGAGGCGCUCGCCGCGGACGCGAACGUCUACCGCGGCGACGACGGCAAGUUGAGGGGCGCGGGCUUCGGGGGCUGGCACCAGGCCAAGGUCGAGCAGAGCCAGCGGCGCCUCAGCGGCCUGACGCGCGCCGCGAGCGACGCGUCCGUGAAGGACGUCGAGCUGGCGGACAUCAAGGAAGGCGAGGCCCAGAAGGCGGACGAGGCGCCGCCGCCGUACUCGCGGUUCUCGAGCGCGCGCCAGAUGAGCUCCUUCCGCGACUCGAGCGUGCGCCGCCUCUCGCGGGGCACGUCCAUCGCCCAGCGCCUCUCGGAGACGGCGCGGCGCGCCUUCGAGCCCACGCGGCGCGAGUCGGGGUUGCACUCGGAGACGCUCGCGAACGCGUUCCACGUCGAGGCGCACCACGAGCUCGACGGCUUCGUCCACCUUGGCGCGCACCACCCCUUCGCCCUGCCCAGCGCCCUGCCGGACGACGACGACCACGAGAAGGAGGACGCGCUGCUCUACGGCGAGGACGUCUACUUCAACGCGCGGCGCCGCACGCUCACGGAGGCGCCGCCGCCCGUGGGCCGCUGCUCCAUGGUCUCGGAGGCGUCCGAGGCGCUCCUCGGCGGCGGCGACGACGCCGAGUCGCACUACCUCCCGCGGAACGCGAGCUUCCAUCAGCACGACGCUGCGUGGAAUUCAACCACUGGUUUGGGGGGUCCUGACCAAACUUGA